CAGCGGCCUAAGUAAGCGAAAUUAGUCAACGAUAAUGAGAUUCGGCCAUCUCCUCUCAGUUCUCCCCCUCGCUGGGCUGACCCUUGCCUGCAACCACCAUCACGACGACAAGAAAUGGGCUGCUGAAGAGUUGGCCGAACUCGAGGCAAAAUGGGGUUUUGAUUGGGCAUUCGGCGGCAUUGGCACUUUCGCGCACCUGAAUCAUGUUAAAUGCCUGACAGAGCCAACCGAGCCCUACGACAUCGCCAUUAUUGGCGCUCCAUUCGACACCGCUGUGACGUAUCGGCCCGGCGCACGAUUCGGUCCAAGAAGUAUUCGUCACGCAUCAGGUCGCCAGCACUCGCUCCGCGGCUACAAUCCUCGAGCAGACAUCAAUCCAUAUCAAAACUGGGCCAAGAUCGUGGAUUGCGGAGAUAUCCCUAUAACACCUAUUGAUAAUGAUAUUGCUCAGAAGCAGAUGACGCAGGCACUGGAGCAAUUGGGAGUGCGCAAGACUGUAUCGUCUAUCUCCUCGAAACCCAAGCUGUUCACGCUCGGUGGCGAUCAUAGCUUGACUUUGCCUGCUCUUCGAGCAUUAAAGAAGGUCUAUGGUGAUCGCGAGAUCCAAGUCCUUCAUUUCGAUGCCCAUCUUGACACAUGGAACCCUCAUGCAUAUCCAUCUUACUGGGGAACAACGCCUUUCAACCAUGGAUCCAUGUUCUGGCUAGCUAAUCAGGAAGGACUACUCUCCAACUCGUCAUCCCAUCCUUCCGUCCACGCGGGCUUGCGAACACGACUCACUGGCAUCCAAGACAACGAAGACGAUACUGCGCAGAACUGGAUUCGUUUCUCAGCUGACGACAUCGACAAAAUUGGCACUCAAGGUAUAAUCGACGGCAUAAUGAAGAUUCUAGGCACCGAAAACCUGGUGUACCUCUCGGUAGACAUUGACGUCCUUGACCCAGCCUUUGCGCCAGGAACAGGGACGCCUGAGCCUGGAGGCUGGUCUACCAGGGAAUUUAUAAACAUCCUCAGAGGCAUCGAAGAUCUGAACUUGGUCGGCGCUGAUGUCGUGGAAGUUUCUCCUGUCUAUCAAGGAGCGGGUGAAGAGACGACAUUUGCAGCUGCACAGGUCGUUUAUGAGAUUUUGACGUCUAUGGUCAAGAGAGGACUACAAGAUCUAGGAAGGUCGGACAAGGCUAGUAAGGAUGAGCUAUAGUUAUGCCUGCUCAACUUAUCGCCACCACGAAAACAAGAAUGGAGAAAAAUACGGGUCCACUUGAUACAACAUCCAAGAUUAGACUGAAGGAGGACAGCUAGUCUGAUCUGUAUUUCGUGAAAAAGAGUCAAGCAAACUUUACUCAUUAAAGCAAUU